ACUAUCUAUGGUGCCAUGGUAUCUGAGGAUUCUGAUAAAGCUUACAUCAGUGUUUUGUGCUCACACGUUUUCAAGUCCAUCUACAGAGAAAAUCAGCCGCAUAUUGUGAUAGGAGAUAUUCUUAUUCCCAUUCCACCAGACACCUUAGCCACCAAAGACUAUGUAGACUGGUUUCAGCAGGUGGCCGAAAGUAAAGGAAGACUCAAUGGUUUACAUGUGAACACAGCU